UCUUCGGUACCAGCUGAGAGGUAGAACCUACAUCGGGCAGCUUUCGAUUACGCUUUAACGAAGUCAUAGGUAUAACAGUUCGGUUCAUUUGACAAUAUAAGAAUUCCAUAGUACCUAUUAUAGGUCACAGGAGCAAUGUAUCCAAGAGUGCUUAGCAUGCUGAAACUUGGUGCCAGAAAGAAAGUACACCAUUGUUGUGCAGCAGUUACCUUUGUAGUUAUGCCACGAAAAAAGGAAAGAACAAAGUUUGAUACAUCACAUCCAUCUACUGAACGAAAUUUCAUAACUGCAGUACGAGCAAUGUCAGAAUUUUUACUGAAGCCUUCAGACCUUGAGAACCUUCGGCAGACGAAGAGACGUUCACCUUUUGAAAAUGAGCCACCUAUCACAGUUUACUGGAGAAAAGAUGUCGAAGCCAAAGCAAUCCAAGUGUGGGGGAGCCUGGAUGCUGUAGAAAAGGAGAAAUCAAAGAGAGGGAAGAGAAAAAAACAAUUGGGUGAUAUUUUUCAUGUUAAAGAUAUAUUGAAUGGGUAUGGUUCUGAGCAGAGAACUGAGUUUGAGCCAAAGCCCCUGAGACCUAGAAGUAGUGGUUUAGAUGCAUCAGGGAAAGUUGUUUGGGCUGCAGUUGUCAUAAAUGGAGCCAACUUCAUUAUGAAGUUGGGAGCUUGGGCAUAUACUGGAUCUUAUAGCUUAUUUGCUGAAGCAUUGCAUUCAUUUGCUGAUGUAGCCAAUCAACUUAUACUAGCAUAUGGAAUCCAUAAAUCUAACCAGCAAGCAGACCUCAUUCAUCCUUAUGGUUACACCACUAUGAGAUAUGUAUCUUCGCUGAUAUCAGGAGCCAUGAUAUUUUGUGUUGGCGCGGGUCUCUCUUUCCAACAUGGUAUAUCAGCGCUUUUGGAACCAGCAGAGCAGGUAACGCCACUCUAUUGGGCCUUCUACAUUUUAGGGGGUUCACUCAUAACUGAAGGUGGAACCCUUUUGAUGGCUGCUCAUUCCAUUAGAAAAGGAGCAAUUGCACAGCAAAUGACCUUCACUGAAUAUGUUUUGCGAGGUCAGGACCCUAGUGUGAAUGUUGUUCUCCUUGAAGAUCUUGCAGCAGUUAUGGGUGUGAUGGUAGCCAUGGGCUGCAUGGGACUGACUUCUCUCACUGGUUCUCACAUCCCUGAUGCAGUUGGUUGCUGUCUUAUUGGGGGAAUUUUAGCUGCUGUCUCAGGCUUUAUUAUAUACACUAAUUCAGCAGCACUAGUUGGAAAGUCUAUCCCUCAGCAUCGUUUACAGAAAAUCAAUGAUGAGUUAGAGCGAGAUGUUCUGAUUCGUGCCAUUUAUGAUGUCAAAGGAAUUGAUAUGGGCACAGGAUUAGUGCGAUACAAAGCAGAGGUAGAUUUUGAUGGCCGUGAAUUGACACGUGGCUAUUUAGACAAACAAGACCUUGAUUCUUUGUUAAAGGAGAUCCAGGCUAUAAAAACGGUAGAAGAAUUAGAAGCAUUUAUGUUGAAACAUGGAGAAAAUAUUGUUGAUAGUCUAGGUGCAGAAGUGGAUCGCAUUGAGAAAAUUCUCAAGAAAAGCCAUCCUGAGAUUCGACAUUGUGAUUUGGAGAUUCUUUAAAGAGCAUAUGAAGAUGCAUUACAAUACUGUGCUGCAAGGUAGCAAAUACACUACAGUGCCCCCCCAUUUUUAUAUGGGAAUAGGUUCCAGAACCAACCACUGAAAUACAAAAUCUGCAGAAAUGCAAGAAUCCCCUCUGAAAAUGCAUAUAACUGACAAAUACCUUGUACCCUUAAACUGAAAUGCUUAUAACUGCCUAUUUUAACAUCUCACUGCUUAAUUUGAUAGUUCAAACCAAUAUAUACCUUAAAUUAUCAUACUAAAACAAUUUAGUAUCAUUUCAAUGCAUCCUAAACCAUCAUCCCAAAACACAUAAAGUAACCUCACAUUACAGUACAGGCGGUCCCCGGGUUACGACGGGGGUUCCGUUCUUGAGACGCGUCGUAAGCCGAAAAUCGUCGUAAGCCGGAAUAUCGUCAAAAAUCCUAAGAAAACUUUACUUUUAAUGCUUUGGGUGCAUUGAAAACUAUGUAAACUGCAUUCUUAUAGCAUUUUUCAUCAAAAAAACCUUCAAAUAUUGAUUAUUUUGCAUUUUUGGUGUCAUAUUUCAUCUCCCAGAUGAGCGUUGUAGGCGUCGUAACCCUGGAACAUGCGUCGUAACCCUGGAACAUGCGUCAUAACCCUGGAAAUAACUUCUAUUGAAAAGCAUUGUAACCUCGGAACGUCGUAAGCCAACACCGUCGUAACCCGGCGACUGCCUUACUCUCCUAAUACGGUUACUCAUAAAUAGGAUAUAUACACCCCUAAAACACUUAUACCUGCCUAUUUUAACAGUUCAUCGCUAAACUUGACUGGUCAAACAAAAAUGUACCUCAAACUAUCAUCCCAGAACACCCAAAUAUCAUUUUAAAGUGUAUGUUGCAAAAUUAAGUACCAACCUACAACUGUUAAGUAUCUCCUAUCAUUCAGACACAGUUUCUUUGGCGUAUGUCAUCAUUUUGAGCAUACAAUAAUGCACUGGGCAUACAUUUUAUUUAUAUUACACAUUAAUGAUUUCCUGCGUUGUAAGAUGGUUUUUAUUUAUUGUACAGGUACAUAUUUUAGGAUAGUACUAUUGCAUAGACCAAAUCCAAAAUAUGUGGGUAAUGUAGAUCGAUGGGACAUGAUCUCCAAGGAGAAUGCUAUGUUUGCAUGUCAUUUUAGUAUUUUUGUGUUUAUGUACAAAUACAUUCAUGAUAAAAAAAAUUAUUUAUACUACGGUAAGUUGUUGGUUUAUGUCGUUUUGUGGUUUGUUCUCACCAUCUCCCAUAAAUUUAUUAAAAAAUUCUUGUGCUGUCAUUCUUAUAGCACAAGAUUUUGUGUGAUGUAUAUAAUCUUUUCUCUCUCUCUCUCUCUCUCUCUCUCUCUCUCUCUCUCUCUCUCUCUCUCUCUCUCUCUCUCUCUCUCUCUCUCUCUCUCUCUCUCUCUCUCUCUCUCUCUCUCUUGUACAUCAGUGAUGAAAAUGAAAUGAAAAUACAGUACGUAGUUAGUGAUUAGUAGUUAAUAUUGCUCUUUGAAAAAAUUCAUGAAUUAGUGGAAUUUCCCCCACAGACAAGUGAAUAAUGUGUUCCACAAAAAUCCACAACAAAAUGAAAUGUGGAAAUGUGAAAUGCAUAAAAACGUGGGCCACUGGACUCAUAUAUGGUUUUCUGAGUAAUUUUACUGAAAAAUAAAAAGAAAAUUGCUAUUUAUAUUACAUUGUACUGGAGACCGUUUUUCAUGGUCAAUAGUUAACUUCAAAAUACUACAGGCAGUCCCCGGUUAUCGGUGGGGGUACCGUACUCGGCAGGAUGCUGAUAAGCGAAAACCAUCAUUAACUGAAACUCAGCAAUUUAUGGCACUCUGUUAGGUAUAUUGUGGAACCAUAACUCUAAUAUCGCCACCUUAUGGUGCCGAUAACUGAAAUUCGGCCCGUAUGGCUCCAUAAAUUGCCGAUUAUAUGGCGUUAGACAGGUGCCAUAAAACUGGAUCACCAUUAACUGAGACCACCGAUAACUAGGGACUACCUGUAUAUGAAGUUAACUAUUGAUUGUAAAAACCAUGAAAAAUGGUCUCCAGUACUAAAUUGUAAAAUAAAUAACAAUUUGCAUUUUAUUUCUUAGUAAAAUUACUGAGAACACCUAUACUAUAUGAGUAUGUAAACUGUAGUGUGUUUAUUUCAUAGCUCAGUACUAUUGUAAUGCAUCUUCUGAAAAUACACUAGUGAAUUAUGACACCUACUUAGCUGUCAUUUCUUAUCAAAGAGUGGUGAUCUAAACAGACUAUUCAAAAUGUCAUUUAAAAUCUGUGUAAUCAGAUCACCUAGCAUAGGGAAGUUGUUUAAACAGGAUAUCUUCCAACAAUAGCCAAAAUCAAAAUAACUAUGGUUGGAGCAAAGAAUAUACUACAGCGGCCUGAUGAAAAUCUUGAAAGGCUGCUAACUUCUAGACAAAUGAGCAAAAGUAAUUUUCAGUAUAGGUAGAACAUAAAAUUUCAGAAGCAAGAUCCGCUGGUAUGGUUGAUAGCAUUGCGGCAUGCUGCUCUGAUGUUGCGAGUUCACACCUCCCCCAGGGCCAUGAAGAAUAACUGGCUCUGUAUUAUGAUCAGUUACUACUGCAGUGUGGGGUCUGUGGUGGGAGGUUGAUAUCAACAUUUAUUGGAAGCUUGAAUUUUAAGUCAAUGGCCCCAUGGGCUUCUUCCAUUUAAAUAGGUUUCAUCUAAUAUAAUAAUAAUAAUUAUAAUAAUAAUAAUAAUAUUAAUAAUAAUAAUGAUAAUAAUAACAACAAGAAUACUGUCAUCUUCUGUAGAUAUAAGAAGGCUUUAAAGUUGGCAAGUUACUUCCAGCUUUGGAUACUGUGUUUUACAGUACUGAAUGAAAAAAUAUUUUCGAAGUUGAAAUAUAUUUUUAGUUUAUCCAGUAAUUGAUUUUUAAGGAGUUGCAGUAUAUUAAAUAAGAUUUGAUAUACAUACUCAAUAAAGACAAACCCUUGGGCCAGCCCAUUUCCAAGGUAAGAAUUUUAACUUGGUUUUUGGGUCAAACUACCUAUUCACUAUUAAUAAUAAGUGAAAGGUGGAUUAAAUAUUAUCCAGAACCAUUAAAUUCGGUAGUACUUGUGCACAGUGAAUUAUGGAGAGGGAGUAUGUAUAAGACCAGCUGAGAAUGAAAUAAAUUAUUUGAUCAACCUUAACCAUGCUGACUUGGAGAAUUCCCCAGUGGUUACUACAUCCACUGUGUCAUAACUUGUAUGGCACUCAGUUGAUAAUCCUAAAGGCUAUUUCCAGCAUCCAAUUUUUUCUGAGUUAUUUGGCUCUGCCUUCUAAUUUUUAUGUUUCACUUGUUUUGUCUUACCAAAUAUAACUUUUUCUUUUUGUGAAUGGCAUUUUGGUGAAUUAUUUAUUCUGUAUAUUUUGUAAAUCCGUUAGCUUUCUGGAUAUUUAGGUUGGUCACUUACUUCACCAAACCUCCUUAACACAAAACCAAUAAGCUUUCAUAUUUUAAUUUCUUGACCCUGGAGAGGAGAGACUCCCACACUGAUUUAACUUGACCAGUUAAGGCUGCAGUGGCCACCUGCUGACGGUAUGACCCCACAGUCCGCAGAUUUUUCUGGGCAUUCAAUCUGUAUGAUGUUUAAGUCUUCUGUAAACCAUUCUUUUACAAUUUUGUUAUUAUGAAUAGGAGAAUUAUCCAUCACCAAAUAUACUAUGCUGGCUCCAGAUCAGGGAUUAGUAGCUUCCUCACUGGCAGAAUGAGGGCAUCUUAUUGUUCAUUAUGUAUAUUGUUCAACCUUUCAGUAAUCUGAUGAGUUCUGGACUAUAUUGUCUGCCAUCCUCCCCCAAAAAGCUGCUGUAACUGCCUUUCCACACGGUUGAAUAUUGUUUGGCUUAUACCCAGAAAGAAUAUUACAGACCUAUUAAGUAAAGAAUAUAAAAAAUAUUCUAGAAUAUUUCAACAUGGUAAAUAUUGAUAAUUAUAUGCCUCUUGUAAUAUUUGUUGUAAUUUGUUUUAGAUAGCAUCAAAAUAUAUGGAAAAUGCAUGAAGUAGAGUGUACACACAACCCAAUUCAAGACGUUGACAUCGAUGACUGAGCUACUUACUGUUGGACCUACGAACAUUUUUUCUUAGUCUCUCAAUUUGAUAGCAUUAUCAAGAUAUAACAUCUUUGAGGGAGAAAUUUGGGUUAUCUCUUUUGGAUUGUUAUUUUUUUAUUGUGGAUAAUUACUACAUAUACAAAAUUUUUGCAUAAGUUUUCAUUUGUCCCAAAAACAAAUGACAAAUCUUGAAAUAAUGCUGUUAAAUGUGCAAUACAUUGUUUCCAUGUGCAGGUAUUAAGUUUUCAAGAAGUAACUUGUUUAAUGAGAUACAAUUCCUAUCUGCAUAAAGUGCAGUAAGAAUCUAUGGAUGUAUGCGUGCAUGCAUGAAUUGAUAAGAGAAAAUUGUUUGUACCAACCUUAAAGUUUCUAGAGCAGUGACAUGGUUAAACUUUGUAACAAGACUUAACUUCAAAAAUAUAAGUAAUUUGAUGAAAGUGAAAACAGUAAUUUUGAUCAAAAUCUGUUGAAAUGAAUACCGAGCUUUCAAGAACCUGCACAGCUGUCGUUGAAAAUGAAAGCAGGGCAGGUUCCCAGAAUGCCAUGGUACAAAUUUUAAUAAAUUUUUUGUAGAAAAAUUACUUGAAUUUCUCUUUAAAGUAUUCCAAUAAUAAUAUUUGCUAGUUACCACACUGACAGAUAUAUGUUUUGUUUAUUUUGGUUUUAUUAUUAUUUUUCUUUCAUAAAUCGAGUAACUGCACCUAUUUUAGGGGGACUGCUAGGAGUUCAACAGGUUGAUUUAGUCUUUGAUAACAGUAGCUGUCCCAUUAUGUGUAUUGGGAUGAAAUUUUAUUGUCAUUAUUUGCUAAUAGAUAUUACUCAAGAUUUCAUGGGUUGUGUAGUCAGUGGCCUGGCAAUAGACCUUAAUUGCAUUAUCAUAUUAGAUCUAUUACUUUGUAACCUUGCAUUUUUUAGCAUACAUGUCAUAAUAAUCCCCACUAAGAACUACUUUGGGGCCUCUAUUAUUGUGUACAAAGUUAAUCUAACAGAACAAAAACUUACCAGAGCGUGGUGUAUUUUUCAUCCUUCAUGUUUCAAAUGGAACAGCAUUUCCUUUAUUUGGGGGGUAUUCUUAUAGUUAUUUGCCAGACACUUUCUUUGUUGUUUAAGAUUAUAAGUAUGUGCAUUGGCAAAACUGAGAGGGUACGUUUCUGAUCAUUAUUGAAAUUGUUAAGAUCGCCAGUCUUAAACAGACCCGCCAUAAUACACAUCUUAGGAGGGGAGAAAUUGUGGUGGAAAUAACUGACCUGAAAAGCAAUCACAAGAAAAUUGGCCUGCGUCUUGUUGCUCAAAUCCUUGUUAAGUGUAACAAAAAUAUGUAAACUUCUAUAUAAUAUAUGCACUGCAUUUCCACCCAAACUCAACUAAUGUAAUUUAGUAUUGUAUUUAUUUUUUACUCAGACUCAGCCUCACACUUUUCAUACGUCCAUUGUUUUUGUCUAACAUUUUAAAUGCCUGUAAUCAGAAUUUCUCUAUUUUCUAAGCCUGUGCAUUGCCAAAGGCCAAGAGUGAAGUAAAACUUCUGACAGCAUCAUGAGGUUUUGCCAGUUUUUGCUAGUUUCCACUUAUGGUAAUUAGAAUUUGGCUUGUAGUUUCUAUAAUUCUGAGGCUUCAAUAGUAUUGCUGUGUGUCCUUUAUGGGUCUGAAAAACAUUGUAUUCAGUUAUUCUUAAUCUUAUAUAAUGUGAUAUUGUAAACAAACAGUAUUAGGUGUAUUUUCUUCCUUACAAAAUAAAAUGUGAAGAAUAAUGAAUUUGAUGUACUAUAUGUAAAAGAUGUUAUAGAUAUCCAUUGUUUGAUAAUGUACGUACAUUAUCAAACAAUUACUUACUACUUGGUGUUAAACUCAAGGAGGCCAGCAGGUAAUUGAACAGUGAAACUGAAAAAAAUUUUAACUUUGGAUUUUUUCUGUAGGUAGGUAUGGCAUCUGGUUAUGUGAAUGUAAAUUACUGUAUCAGAAUUAUUAAGUUUUAUAGCUGCGGGAUAUUUCCCGUGGAUAAGCAUCCCCACAUACUGCAGUGUAUAAUUCAUAUUUGAUAAAUCAAUACAUUUUUUGUUACAAUAAACUACAAUAAAAUUACUGUUAGAACUGACUAAUGUCACCUUUUCCCAUUGACACUAAAUAACAACAAAGAUGACUUUAGUGGCCUUAAAACCUUGCUCUAAGUAAAUUUGUGAUGACUCAACCCACUAGCAGGCUGCUCCAAUUUUAGAAAUAUUCAUUUCAAAAUCUAACUUGAAUAAUUUCAAACUGCCAUUUAUUCAUCAUUUUUCAAUCAGUUUUGUCAAAAUUUCUCUCAAUAGGGUUAGAGAAUUUUUGUGUGUAAAAGGGAACAGAUUUUUCUUGGUGACUGUAACAAUGAAAAUAUUCAGAAAAUAAUAAGAAAUGUCUGUUUUGCCAAACAGUAAUAUUUAUAUAAAGCUUUUUUGAAAUGUUUUUUAAGGUUCAUUCGUAUUAGGCCUUUGUUAUUGAUUUUAUAGGUGUACAGUAGAACUAUUAUGUUGUAUAGGAGUAGACGUUUGAUAUUUGUUGUAACUGAAAGGGAUAAAAAAAAGUCACAAAAUGGGUAUCUUGAGCUAAAGUUGAUGUAUAUAAUGACGGCACCACCAACCUCACCUGCUCCAAAAUCAACCCUGGCUUGAGACUUAUGACAUCUGGGUUAAGAUGUCGCGGCAACAAGCUGACAGUUCGUAGCGUAAUACUUCCUAUGCCUUGUGAGGGGUGGAGGAAGCAACUUGGAAGAACCCCUUGACAGAAGAGAUCUCUCCCAGUCUAACACAUAGGUGUUCACCUUCUGCAAGACCGACUGGACAUGCCCCGAUAAAGGAAGCUGAAAACUUAAGAUCUUGUGUAGCCCCCAGCAAGGCUUCCAAGCAAGUAGGAGUGGGAGAAAACUGAGCCAGAGUCCUACUCUCCAGAUUGUUGAAUCCACGAAUGAGAUCAACAACCUUGGUAAAGGAAGACAAAAACUCUUGUGUCUCCUUCCCCCUGCUCUGGCAAUGAAGACCGAUAACAAGAAGGAGAUGCAGGCUUUUCCGACACACCUCCCUUGUACAAACCAACUGCACAUCCAGCAGCCAAAGAACCUGAAGCACCAGCCAACGCAGACACCAAAGACCUGUCUGGACUGGAGCCACAUGCCAACUCCUGUGACAAACCAAGAACAACACUAGGAACACUACUACGAACACUCACAAUAGAUGUCUCACUUGCGUGUCCAUGUAUGUGUCCGUGCGACAGAGAAGCAUCUUGAACUCUUGACGCAGAACAAGAAUUCCUUGGAGUCAAACCACGAACAGCAUCAUCGGGAGGGGAAGGCGAACACCCUGGCUGCACCACUUCCACAUUUACAACUUCCAAUCUUUUCACAGGCACCUUAAGAUCCUUGUGACGACAAGUAGGCACUGGAACAGAAGCAGCAGACAAAUUACCAAGGUGCGCACAUACGUGUGAGGCCGCAACAUGCUCAUGUCCGGAAGAAGAGGACGACAUAGCAACAGCAGAUUGCACAGGGAAAGGAGACGACACACUAAUACUCUCAGGAACAUGGAUGUGCCGCUCUUCACCCUUUGACGAAGAAAUAGCAAAGUCCUUAACCCUCCAAUGCUUGAUAUGCCGAUGCAGUGGAGAUGGAGGCGAUAGAGGGGAGGAAGACUGCACUCCUUCCUUACACACCCUCUUGGCAAGAGAGGGGGAGGCAACUCAACAUGUUUGCUCACAGCCUUCUCAGUAGAGGAGGCAUCCAACCUGUCCUCCAAAACAGAGUUCAAUCUAUUAAGAACCGCCUGACAUAAAGCCUCAGAUGGAUCUGCAAGAGAGGACGCAGACGACACGGAUGUAAGAGGAUACGUACAUCCUGGAUGGCAACGAUGAUGUCACAGGAGCAAAUGAUGAUGACACAGAGUAGUGAGGCAGAGCAGCAGCCCCAACUGACGACACCGAUGUAGCAGGGAUUGACGUCACCGAUGGAAGUGACAUCACCGAUGGAAAUGACAUCACCGUUGGAACUGGGAGUGACAUAACCAACGGCACUGAGAGAGACGUCACGGCCUUCCCCUGACCCGAGCUAGUGGCAGGCCUCACUAGUGGCGCGAUAAGAUGAUGCUCAGGCAGUGCACUACAAAAUGGCUCACCGCGAGCACCAACAUAGAGAAAGCCAGGGGGGGAAGGGGGUUACAGCUAGGGAGGCCUAAGGGGGGAAGGCGAACAUCCAUGAAAUAUGUCAGCAAACCCUCCAAGGACGGUGAACCCCGUAGACCAAGUGACGCCCAGAGCGCUGCCAUUUUGGAUGAUUCCAAUCCUGAAAGAGAAGAAACCAAUGAAAUAGUCUUCUCCCUCCCGGGAAGCAAUUUAACUCCCGAAGAAGAGGGGGCGACAUUACACAUUAAAUCAGCCUGAGGGCCUCCUGAUACUUCCAACUACGAAUCGAUGGAAGAAAAGGAAGGACACAGGCACACAAACUCUACCAUCAUGGGGUGUGACUGAUGAAGAAGAUGAAGCAUCUGGGUGAGGCGAUGAAAACCCUUCCCAUGAAGGAAGAGUCAAAACUCUACCAUGCUCCCUUUUACUAUGAAAUAACUUCCACUGCAAUUUAGGCCAUGCAUGACAUUCCAGGCAGGGAUUCUUUAUAGUACGAAAAUCAACAUGACACCUACUGCAUGUGGAAUGGAGGUCCGUAGUUGAAGAAACCAGGAAACAAGAACAUGGGAAACCUGGAAUCCCCGGGCACAUAUGUUGGUGAGGCCAAGAAGACGCAGAGGAAGCCAUAAUAACACAAGCACACAUAGACAAGCAAAAGAGCGAAAACAGGGAUGGUGGAGAGUAAGCAACCGCGUCGCUCACCCAGGCAGUCAAGAAAAAUACUAAACAUGAUAGCGUAGGUGCGCGGUCUUUGACCAGUUUUCACAUGAUAUACGCAUACGUUGCCAGAUCUCACAGAUUCCUUGCUUUUCAAUCUCCAAUUGUUUAACCAGAUCCACCUAGGCACUAGAAAAUUAUCCUUUGUUAAGACUGAAGGUUUGUAGCUAUGAAAAAUACAAAUUGUCUUAGAAAAUUU